AUGGGCAGUCACGUUGACACCUCGACGGAGGUUCCAAAGGUCGAUACGGUGGCUGAAACUCCGGAUGCCGCAAAUGCGACGGCAAAUAGCUCAAGGGCGCCGGGAACUGGAGAAGCCGUGCCCUAUGGAGUGCCUGGAGCAACACCCACGCACGUGGAAGGUGUUGCAUCUCCAAAAGCUUCGCCGAAGCCGUCCCCUCGUGAUGAAGCGGCAAGUUUGCCGAGCUCAGAUGCGGAAGCUGCGGAUCCAGCCGACAAACGUGCAGCUGAAACUGGUGAUGAGCCGCCGGCAAAGAAGAGCCGACUUCAUAAGGAAAUUCGUGGAUUGGUGAAGGUUGUGAAAGACGUUGUGAUUGGCCUCACCGCCUCGACGUCCACUUUGGACAGAGUGGACCAAGUGUCCGCCAAGUACUUCCUAACAUCGAUGCAACAGCACUCGACGUCCAUGAACAAUAUCAGCUGGCAGGUGACUGGGAGCAAAUCCCAAGUCAAUCCAACGCUGAAAGAGCUUUGUCGUGAUUUGAACGACAAGAUCAAUACAGGGAACAGGAGGUUGGACGAAAUCAAGCAAGAAAGACGCUCGCAGCAUGAACAAUCACUGCAGUAUCUGAAAGGCAUCGAAUCGGCAGUAGACAGGAUGGUGACUGCGUUGACGCAGUUGAAUGUUGUGACUGCUGCUCCGAUUGCACCAACUGGAGCUCCUGUGGGACCGGGUGUGGCAUCAACUGGAGUUCCUGUGGGGCCGAGUGUUGCAGCUCCUGGGGUUCCU